AUGGGAUCGAUAGAACAAUCUCACCUGCCGGCCGACUUUCUCUGGGGAUUUGCCACAGCCUCGUACCAAAUCGAGGGUGCCGUGGAAGAGGAUGGGCGAGGUCCCUCAAUCUGGGACACUUUCUGCAAGAUCCCGGGCAAGAUUGCGGGUGGUGGAUCGGGCGACAUCGCAUGCGACUCGUAUCAUCGCACCCAUGAGGACAUUGCCCUGUUGAAGGCAUGCGGUGCUAAAGCGUACCGGUUCUCACUAUCCUGGUCUCGAAUCAUUCCUCUCGGCGGCCGCAAUGACCCCAUCAACAAGAAGGGUCUCCAAUUCUACGUGAAGUUUGUGGACGAUCUCCUGGACGCCGGCAUCAUUCCCAUGGUGACUCUCUUCCACUGGGAUCUGCCCGACGAGCUGGACAAGCGGUACGGGGGCUUUCUGAACAAGGACGAGUUCGUGGCCGACUAUGCCAAUUACGCCCGCAUCGUUUUCCAAGCCUUGAGCCCCAAGGUCAAGUACUGGGUCACCUUCAACGAACCGUGGUGCAGCUCGGUGCUCGGAUACAACAACGGCUCCUUUGCCCCCGGCCACACCAGUGAUCGCACCAAGAGCCCCGUGGGUGACAGCUCAACUGAGCCGUGGAUUGUCGGCCACAGCAUCCUUGUAGGUCACGGUGCCGCGGUCAAAAUCUACCGUGAGGAAUUCAAGGAGCGCGAUGGUGGUGAGAUUGGUAUUACGUUGAACGGCGACUGGGCCGAGCCUUGGGACCCCGAGAACCCGGCCGACGUGGAAGCUUGUGACCGCAAGAUUGAGUUCGCCAUCUCAUGGUUUGCCGACCCGAUCUACCACGGCAAAUACCCCGACAGUAUGAUCAAACAGCUCGGCAAUCGUCUCCCCGCCUGGACUCCCGAAGACCUCGCUCUCGUGCAAGGCAGCAACGAUUUCUACGGAAUGAACCACUACUGCGCCAACUUUAUCCGUGCCAAGACGGGCGAGCCCGACCCCAACGACAUUGCCGGGAACCUGGAGCUACUUCUUGAGGAUAAGAACGGAGUCAGUGUCGGGCCCAUCACGCAAUCACCCUGGUUGCGCCCUUCGGCCAUUGGUUUCCGCAAGCUGCUGAAGUGGCUCAGUGAGCGCUACGGAUAUCCCAAGAUCUACGUGACGGAGAAUGGAACCAGUGUCCUUGGCGAGAGUGACAUGCCCCUGGAGCAGCUGUUGAACGACGAAUUCCGUGUUCAGUACUUCACCGAUUACAUCAAUGCCAUGGCUGAUGCGUACACGUUUGAUGGCGUCAAUGUUCGCGCCUACAUGGCGUGGAGUCUGAUGGACAACUUUGAAUGGGCCGAGGGCUACGAGACCCGCUUCGGCGUGACUUAUGUCGACUACGAGAACGAUCAAAAGCGGAUUCCCAAGAAGAGUGCCAAGGCCAUCGGUCAGAUCUUUGAUCAACUCAUCCAGAAGGCAUAA